AUGACUCUGCUUCAGCCCGCUUCUUGUCCUCGAGGCGACUCUAUCAGCUCUGACACAUCUUUACAUUCUGCAACCUCUUUUCAACCUGACGCCUCUACUCAUUCUGUCACUUCUUCUGAAGCCGUUAGUUCUGCCGGGUUAACUACAUCUCCCGCCGUCUCCAGCCCUACGACUCAUAAUCGACGUGCUUCUACCAGCUCUAUCGACUCUGGUGUUUCGAUCGACUCUGACGUUUCUAUCGACUCUGUUGUUUCCACCGACUCGGGAGUUUCCAUUAGCUCUGACGCCGCAUUUCGUUUUAAUACUUCUACUAGCGCCUCAAACACUGACACUAGCUCUUCCACUCCCUCUGGCAAUUCUGCGAGCCAUAUACUACCGUAUCAACAUGACGGAUCUACCGAACCGACCAACUCUACCAGUUCUGUUAAUUCUACCAAUUCCGGCAUUUCUGCCAGCCCAGACACCACGGAUGAAGAAUCAGCAGAUCAACAGAGCCAAAGUUAA